GUGGGGAUUGGCCACCAUGGAGGUCUGUCGGAGGUGGGAUUGGACCAUUCCAGUGGACAGGUGGCUGCGGGAUUCCCAGACCACGGAACCAGGGUUUCAGCGAAUCCCGGGUUUGGCGUGACAUCGCAUAUACUAGGAAGAUGCGGGGUGGUGUUUGUUAGGGUUCCAACUCGCCUAGUUGCAUCUGUUCCAGUUGUUUCGGUUCCACCAGUGAGAUACGGCGUCGCGGGCGAUUCUAGGUCAUACGCGGCUGUUGCGGCGAUUCCUCCACUUCCAGUUCGUGAGCCAGGACGACACAUGGAGAGAGAUAGAGAGGUCGAUUACAACCACGACAGUUCCAAGGGGAUCGGAGAUCUCUGCCGCGUCCCGGACGCGAAGGUGGUGCGCGCGGUCGAGGCCGCGGUCGGCAAGAUUGGCGAGAUGUUCCUGAGUUACGGAUUUGUGAAGAACGGCCGUCGGGAAGCAGAUCUCCUCCGCGCUGAGCGCCGGGCGGAGGAGCGGAGGUUGGAUGAGCUUCGCCGUAAAAAAGAGCGCCGUCAAGCUGCUGAGCGUUGCAGAUUGGAGGACAUCCGGAGGGGAGAAGAGAUCCGCAGGCUGGAGGCGCUGCAACGGGAGCGGGUGGAGCGCGAGGAGCACGAGGAACUGCGAAUGCGCGAGGAGCAGCGGAUCCGCGAGGUGGCUCUCGAGAACAGGCGCCGCGAGGAAGCUGCCGACCAUGCCGCCUAUGAUCGGCUGGGGCAUCGGAGGGAGAUCUGACAUACCAACGUUACCUCUUCAAGUUCGUCCUUGCCAUCGGCUCCUCUGGCUAGAGGUCACGCUGGUGCUCUUCGGGAAGGUCAGGCUGCAAGCACUUCGUCUGCCAAUCUGAGGUAUGAUUCUGCUCUAGCUUCAUCGGGGGAAAGUUAUGGACAUAAGAGGGCAGUUGUUUCUGAAACUGUUCCUGUGAUGCCUGUGAUGGAGAUACCUAUACCUCACAUCCCUCUGGGAUGUGGGGGUUGCGAUAAUUUGGGAAAUGAGGUGAUGCAGUGUCCUGAACGGAAACCAUGGGAUUAUGUGGCGCCAUACUAUGGUUCUCCAGAAUUUGAUCAGGGCUUUUAUUCGAUUCCAGUUCAUAGGGCUAGUGUUGCUGUUAAGGAGAAAAUGUUCUAUGGCUUGAUUACUGUGAUCAAGGGGCCGGUGGGUGCCAGAGAUAUUGAAGCUAAGCUUCAGGGCCUUGCUGGGCCAGAAUGCACUUGGCGCUUUUUUGCUAGAUCUAUCACUGAUUCUCAAUUCCUGGUACGCUUUCCCACUGAGAAAUUGUUGUCUGAUGUUUCUUACUUCCCAAGUGUGACCAUGCGCUCAAUUGCUAAUGCUCUGAUGAAAGUGGAGAAAUGGAGAGAUGAUAUUCAGCCCAAAGCUAAGCUCCAGGUGGCCUGGUUUAGGGUAGGGGGCAUACCAUCUAGUUUUAGAACUAAGGAAAUUGCUUUCUUUGUGGGAAACCUGGUGGGCAAGGUCAAAGGAGUUGACAGGAGCAGUUUAUUUAAUGAGGCUUAUGUCAGCGUUCAGAUUGCUUGCAAACAUGUGUCAUUGAUCCCUGCUACAAGAGAGGGGGAGAUAGAGGAGGGCAUCUAUGAGUUCACUUACACCAGGGAGUUACCUGGGGAACCAGCCAGGGUGAAUACGGAGAUUCAGGUGUCUGAAUCGAACUGCUAGAUGACGUCGAGUGAUGAAUUCAACGAUUCCAAAAAAACUAAGAGAUGGAUGAAAUUACGCAAGGAAUCCAGGUCUCAAAAAAAAAGGAAAAUGGGGAUAUGGCGAAAUCGGUAGACGCUACGGACUUGAUUGUAUUGAGCCUUAGUAUGUUGGUGGGGGUACUACUUCUGAUGCUCAAACACCAAAGAGACAGAGGAUUGGGGAUACCUGUACUACUACUGCUUCUCAACAAACCAAUGUUGGGUGCUCUACAGUGGAUUCUUCUCAUAUUCAUAACCAGUGCAUGACCAUGAUUCCAUACGAUUUCGAAAGGAAAAACAAAGGCAUUAUUAUUCAACAACCCCAAACUCUAGCUCCUGUUGCUGAGGAAGUGGAAGAGGAUGAGGAGGAGCUAACACUGGCUGACAGAGUUAGAUUGCUAGGUUAUGGGGAUUUCAGCCAAUGUCCUUCUGGCAUUGGAGAUCCUGGACAGUCUUCUUCUGGUGGCACUAAUGCUCAGAUGCAAAUUAUGGUGCAUAAUCAGGUUCCUCUGCUUGGUGACCUUCAACAUACAGUGGCCAAAUCUUUUGCAAUGACUGACCCUUUGAUGGCCCAGAUAACAGGAGAUGCUCAGGAUACCGGGGGGGGGGGGCUAACAUAUCUUUCAAUAGCUUCAUGGCACAGCUUUUGAAAUCUGGAAGUGAUAAGAGGUACAUGUGGGCUGGGACCUAUGGAGAUGUUGCAGGCUAGCAACCUGUUGUGGAACACUCUGCUGAUAGUAGCAGUUCUGCACCUUCUCAAUCUGGUAGUUCUGAAGGUCAUAGUGGCAUGUCUGUGGAAGUGGGUGAAGAAGUGCAUACUGGAAUUCCAACAACUGUGAUUCAUGAGUUGGAGCAUGUUGUUGACCAACCUUUCAGCUCUUAGGAGGAUUCUCAGCAGGAUAUUCCCAUAUCUCAAGAGGUUCAAGAGGAGGCUUUUGUGGAGGGGGCAAUGGACAUCCCAAUUUCCCAGCAUGAUGCUCUUGCUGUUUAGAUACCACAGAUCAGGGUCAGUGAACGAUUGAGGAACAUGGGUGGAGGCAAUACAAGAGGUGCAGCUCAUGCUUCUUCACUUCACACUUCAAGAACCAUGGAAGGGUUUGGAGGUUGAUUUUCUGGGCAUACAGGAGACAAUGAGGAAGACUUUCACUGCUGGUUUCUUUAGGGGCAUUGAUCCUUUGAAUCAAUUUGCCUGGAAAUGGGUUCCAUCUUAUGGGAAAUCUGGGGGCAUUUUGGGAGGAUUCAGGAUUGAAAGAUUUGACAUUCUUGAUCACUCCAUGGGGAGAUAUCAUAUCAAAGUGAAGGUGUGGGAUACGAAAUUGAAGUUGAAAUAUUAUGUUAUUAUUGUGUAUGGAUCUGCUCAGGAAGAAAGGAAAGAUGAGUUUCUUGUUGAAUUGGGAGCUGCUUGUGGAGAUCAAGAACUUCCCAUGCUAGUUGGAGGGGACUUUAAUAUCUUAAGAUUUGAUAGUGAUAAAAAUAGAAACAGGAGAAGGAGAUGUAAGAAAACUGAUAUGCUCAAUGCUAUCAUCAAUACUCAUGAGCUGAGGGAAAUUGUUAUGAGUGGAGGACAAUUUACUUGGUCUAAUAAUCAUGUUAUUCCUACUUUAGAGAAAUUGGACAGAAUCUUGGUAAGUUCUGAUUGGGAGGAUCUCUUCCCUUUGAUGACUGUGAGGAAAUUAGUUAGAGAGCUCUCUGAUCAUAAUCCUUUAAUCAUUGACACUAUGGAACAGGCUGAACCAAAAAGAAAGAAGGAGUUUAGAUUUGAUGUUAGCUGGUGCAAACACCCUGACUUUUUGGAAAGAGUUAGAAAAGUCUGGGAGGAACCUAUUCAAGCUGGAGAUAGCCUUGGGAUCAUACAGGGGAUGUUGAAAGAAGUUAAAAAUUCUAUGAAAGGUUGGGGACAUAAUCUGAGGGGCCAGUUAAACAAAAGGAGAAAAGAGUUAGCUGAUGAGCUACAUGAUCUAGAGGAAAUACAACCUCUAUCCACUGAGAUGCUAGCCAGGAGAGGUGAUAUCAAUGCUGCUUUGUUUGACAUAUAUGAUGAGGAAGAGGAAUACUGGCAGAGGAAAGCUGGGCAGAACUGGCUUCAGAAAGGGGAUAAUAACACAACUUACUUCCACAGAAUUGCUAAUGGCAGGAAAAGGAAGAACACCAUCUUUUCUUUACAAAAUGGGGAGGAUGUGAUACAGGGUACUUAUGCUUUACUUGAACAUGCUACAGAUUUUUACAAAAAACUUUUUGGCCAUGCUGUUGGUUUUCAAUGUCAGUUGAGGGAGGACAUGUGGGCACCUGCUGAAAGAUUAACUCUGGAGGAACAGGACAUGCUUGAUGUGCCAUUUACAGAGGAAGAGGUGAAAGGCAUCAUUUGAUUCCAUGGAGAAGAAUAAAGCAGCUGGUCCUGAUGGAAUUCCUAUUGAAUUUUAUCAAACCUGUUGGGAGAUUAUUAAAGAGGAUAUGAUGCACCUUUUCUCUGACUUUCAUGCUGGAACAGUUGAUAUGAGCAGAAUCAAUUAUGGCAUUAUUACUUUAAUCCCAAAGGGAGCUGAUGCUGAUGCCAUCCAAAAAUAUAGACCCACAUGCUUGCUCCAAGUUCUGUUCAAAUAUUUUUCCAAGGGAAUGACUAUUAGGCUGGGCCCUUUGAUGCCCAAGCUUAUUAAUCCUUGUCAAAAUGGCUUCAUAAAAGGGAGAAACAUUAUGAAUGGUGUGUUAGCUUUGAAUGAGAUACUCAGAGAAGCCAAGUGCUGUAAACAACAAGGGGUGGUGCUGAAACUUGAUUUUGAGAAAGCAUAUGACAAAGUCAACUGUCAAUUUUUGUUCCAUUGUGCUCAAAUGAAAGGUUUUAGUGAUAGAUGACUGGGUUGGAUCAAAGCAAUAGUGACUAAUGGGACACUAAGUGUUAAAGUUAAUGAAGUCCUUGGACCAUACUUUGGGAGUCAUAAAGGUGUCAGACAAGGGGAUCCACUAUCACCAUUCCUGUUCAAUCUGGCUGCUGAAUGUCCUUGGACCAUACUUUGGGAGUCAUAAAGGUGCUGAAUGUCUUGCUAAAACUAUGUCUGGGUUGAAACUAAACUUCCUAAAUAGUGAGAUUAUGAUGAUCAUACCUGAUGAUGAGAAGUGCCAGGGUUAUACUGAGAUGUUUAAUUGUCAGACAGGAGAGUGGCCUAUAAGAUACCUGGGAAUGCCUGUCAGUGUUGAUAAAAUAAAAGUGGCUGACUGGGUGAUGUUAGAGGAUAAGUUGGAGAAAAGACUGACAGGUUGGAAAGGGGGAGCUUUGUCCAUUGGUGGCAGAGUAACUCUGCUGAAUGCUUGUUUAACAGCUACUCUCAUCUAUCAUAUGUCAAUGACCUUGUUACCUAAAACUAACCUGAGCAAAAUGGACAAGAUCAGAAGAAGAUUUCUGUGGCAGGGUGGGGAGAGAAAAAGGAAAUAUCAUUUAGUGAAGUGGGGACUGAUAUGUAGACCCAAGAUAAAAGGGGGGCUGGGUGUGAAAAAUUUAGAAUUAUUCAAUAUCAGCUUGAUGUGCAAGUGGUGGUGGAAACUAGAGGCAGAGUCAGGACUAUGGCAUGACUUGAUCCAACAGAAAUACUUGAAAGGCAAAGGCAUAUAUAACAUCCAGAACAGAAUUCAUGAUUCCUUCUGCUGGAAGAAUCUGUUGCAAGUUAAAGAUCUAUAUCUGAAGGGGAGAAGUGUGAUCAUAGGAAAUGGAAAACUAACUGAUUUUUGGGGGGAUGCUUGGUGUGGCCAAAUAUCUUUUGCUCAGCAAUUCCCUAGGAUAUAUGAUAUCUCCAAUGAGGUGGGGCUGACAGUACAUGAGGUAGCUGCUAGGAGAUGGAGAUUGACAUUCAGGAGGUGGCUGGAUGAGCAACUACAGGAGAAUUACAGGAAGCUGAGAGAUAAGUUGAUGGGUGUGCCUCUAAAUGAUCAAAGAGAUACUUCAAUAUGGAACUGGUCUAAAACUAGUAAAUUCACGGUUAAAUCGAUGUAUGACAUGCUUACCUAUGCUGGACCACACAGAUCGUUUAAACACAUCUGGAAAGCUAAAAUUCCAUUAAAGAUCAAAAUCUGGCUAUGGUUAAUCUGGUACAAUGCAAUAGCAACUAAAGAUAAUAUUAAAAAAAAAAA